UCACCAAAUUUGGGUUACCGCGUCGGCAAUCCAUCAAACACCUGGAGACCCCGCGAUCCACCCCUCUCCCUUGCCGCCACGCGGCCCUCCUCCUCCCCUCUCCGCCCCCUCGAACCCCCAAGAGCCCCCUCGUCUCCAACCUUUCCCCGAUCCCCACUCCACCACCGCCGACGACAGCUCACCACGACCAACAGCAGCAGCCAUGGGCGCGUCCUCUUCCACCGCCAGCGCCCCCGCGGACGCGCGCGAGCUGCGGGAGCAGGAGGCCCUGGCCUCCGCCGCCCUCUCCCUCCCGCUCCUCCGCGCCGUCUUCUCCCGCUCCCCCGACCUGGCCGAGACCCUCGCCCUCCCGCCCGCCUCCUUCCGCUCCGCCUCCCCGCCCGACCCGCCGGAGCACUUCCACGACCUCCUCGCAAGCCUCGGCCCCACCAUCGCCUCCCUCUUCUUCCCCCACGGCGCCUCCAAGGACGCGGGCGAGGGGCAUGAUGCGGGGGGCUGGCUCGGCUUUCUCAGGGGGUUCAACUCCUGCUGCGCGCGCGCCCGGGCCUCGCUGCCGCUGGCGCUGCUCCUCCGCGUCUACGCCGCUGCCUGCGCCGCCGCGGGCGCCCCCUGCGGCGUGCAGUUCCGCCCCGACGAGGACGGCGGGGACGAGGAGGGGGGCAAGGUCGUGGGCGAGCUCGCGCCCGGGGAGAUCGCCGUGCUGCUCUCGAUGUGCUGGGUCAUGGCGUGGAGCGGGUUGGCCCCCAGGGUUUCGGGCGGCGAGGAAGCGGGGAAGGGGGAGCCCGUGCUGCUCCCGGACGUCUCGCACCUGGUGCUGUCGGCGCUCGUGUCCGCCGGCGCCGUCUCCGAUGACGCGGGCGUAUGGGGCUGGGAGGUUUCCGGUGCCGGGAAGGGGGUGUCGGUGCAGGAGUUCACGUCCUGGGUGAUCUCCACUGUCCCCGGGCUUGGCAACUGCCUCUCGCGAUAUGUACAGGACAGGUUCCGGUCGUCUGAGGUUGAUCCAACCAAGGAAAGCUCUGUUUCAACUGGUAACACAACUUUUGAUACUUCUGAUGCGUAUCUAUUAACACGUGGGAGGGCAUGGUCAAUCUCUCUCAGCGUCAGGAGCACAUUGAGUGAAAAGUUUUUGUCAGCAUCUGUCAUUGGAAUGGACACAGAAAACCUUCUUUAUAGGUCAUUGCUUCAUGGAAAAGGUCUGAGCCGGUUUUGGUCUUGUGUUGAGGGGUAUAAGGGACCAGCGCUAAUUCUUAUCUCUGCAUUCUCAAAUGCUGGUAGUGAUAAUGUUGAUGCUGGCCAAAAAUGGGGAAUUGGCAUAUUAACCGAGGAUGGAUUUGAGAACAAAGACACUUUCUAUGGUAGCUCUGGGUUCCUAUGUGCCACAUAUCCAAUAUUCCGCAUGCUUCUGCCAUCGGGUAAGGAGAAGAACAUCAUGUAUUGCCACCUGCAUACUCAACUAAAGACGUAUGAGGCAACGCCAAAGCCUCUUGGCUUAGCAUUCGGCGGAUCAAUUGGAAACGAGAGGGUCUUUAUUGAUGAGGACUUCUCUAAAGUUACAAUUCGCCAUCAUGCAGUUGACAAGACUUACCAACAUGGUUCUCUCAUUCCCAAUCAGGGUUAUUUACCUGUUGCGGCUUCAAUACUUGAUUUUGAAGUAUGGGGACUUGGUGGACAAACAACAAAGCGGCAACAGGAUAUUUACAAGAAGAGGGAGGAUAUUUUCUCAGGGCAGCGGAGAAAGAUUGAUCUCGCAGCUUUUGGCAACUGGGAAGACUCUCCAGAGAAAAUGAUGAUGGACAUGGUUUCUGACCCAAAUAGGCCCAGUCGGGAAGAACGUUGAUCAAGUUCAACGGCCAAGCUCAUUUGCUAGUGUUCAGCAGCUGCCCAUUCGGAAGUGGACACACUAUAUUACUUUCGAGGUAUAUAGAGUUCAGUGCACGCAUUCGUUCCUUUGGUGUAAAGGCAUUUGGCAGGGCCACUCAUAAUUUAGGUUCUGAAUUGAACAGAGGCUUGUAUAGAAGUACAAUUGUUAUACUAGCAUCGAGUUUCCUUCUCCUCUUCCCUUUGUUUCAUGGGAAGCAAGAGCAAACGAUUUGUACAUCUGUGUUGUGAAUUAGAUAAUUCUCAUCUGUACCAUAUUGUUAUAUAAAAGAUGAACAUCAUAUAUGUUUGAAA